AUGGAAGCUGGAGGUAGCAGUAACGAUUAUAAGGGGGGUGAAUCUAAGCGUACAUGGAGUAGAGGUGAGGAAGAAGCUUUGUUGGUUCUUUUAGAUGAAGCUGUAGCUAGUGGGCAAUAUUGUGACACGGGAGCAUUUAAACCUGGUACACUUAAUAUAAUUGAGCGGCAACUGGCUGAAAUAUGUUCUAACUCAGGAUUGCGAGCAACUCCAUAUAUUGAAUCGAAGCUAAAAAAGUGGAAGAAGCAAUAUGGCAUCAUAUACGACAUGCUGAACAAAAGUGGAUUUGGAUGGAAUGACACUCUUAAAUGUGUGGAGGUUGACAGUGACGAUGCUUGGAAAGCAUAUAAUAAUCCAAGUGCAAAAAGUUGGAGAGAUAAACAUUUUCUGAUAUAUGAGAGGCUUGCUAAUAUUUUUGGAAAGGAUCGGGCAACAGGACAUGAAGCAUAA